UGCCUCAUUUCAGUCUAAGCGAGAUUUUGUGGCCUCGUAGCGUCGACGGCAAUGCUGAUGUUUUGUUAUCUGAUAAGAAUAGAAUUUCGUUAUCGAGGAUAACGGAACAUAGAUAAUAGCUAAUUCGAUCUAUAAUAAUUAUUUAUGUCACCCUCAUAUAGUCGGAGAGCUAUUUGCUUGCAAUAAUUUUCCAUCGUAAUGAUUGUAUGGCUUUUAGUUGAGGCGCUUUGGCGACUUGCGACGUCGUAGAAACGACUAUUGAUCACUACGAAAACGAGAAAUUUCUCUACCGACGUCGGUCACGAUGCGCAAUAGCUGUAUUCUAAAAAUAUUAAUCGCCUCGAGCUCUCCAACUACGUCGGUCGGUUUAAAUAGGCGAUCCGGUGAAAUAGAGUUCAUUUGACGAUCGACAUGCUCCUGCCGCUUCUGGUGUCUCUUCUGACCGUGGCGCACGCUCGAGUGCAGACCGUGAACGGUAAAAUAAAACUGGAGAUCGGCGUGACGUCGCGAUGUGGUGACGCGCACGACUUUAUAAACGCUUUCGCGCCCGUGUACGAGAAAUACGAACGGUUCUUGGACGUGGAGUUCGUGCCCUGGGCGAGGACGCAGCGCGUCGAGAACGAGCUUCGAUGCCAAUUCGGAGUCGAGGACUGCUGGGCCAACCGCGUCCAGCGUUGCGUCCUCGACGCUCUGCCGGACCGACGAUCGGCCGUCGAGUACAUGCUCUGCGAGUUCACGCGGCCUCUGCCCGCCUACUCGGGAUCGUACUCAUGCGCCCGGGCGAUGGGUCUGCGCCUCGUCGACGUGGACUACUGCGUCUCGACCACCGGCGAAGACCUGGACAGACGGUACGAGGCGAAAGCGACGGAGCCCAUGCGGAUCGUCGGCUUCGUGCCCUACGUCGUAGUGAACGGCGUGGCGGACUUCGCUCUGUCCGAGUCGGUGCGUCUGGGGGCCGAAAGGGUGAUCUGUGCGGCGCUCGGCGACGAUCCCUCCACGGGUGUCGAUCCGGCGACCUGCCCUACCUGAUCACGAAAGGUGUUCAUUGUUCGAGCCGACGUUCACGACGACUUCUUACCGAAACUGAUAUUUUGUAUAAUUAAUUAUUAAAUCCCGACACGUGGCGGCAACGGGGCAACGGUGCCGAAAUUACAUUGUUCCUUAUCGAUCUAAUCAAAUAUUCGACAUAGAUAUUGAUAAUUAUUAUAAACCAUUAUUGUAUCGUCAUUUAAGUUAGUCAUAUAAUACGUGUGAGAAUUGUUAAUUGACGUCGACGUUUAUUUUUCUAGUUAUUAAACUUAUAAAGAGCGAGUAA